AUGGCGGCAGCCAACCAACAUCGAAUUACGCACAUUGUGCUUUUUCGCUAUCGCCCGUCAGUCUCAUGGACCGAGCUCGAGUACCACUUCGCAGAAUUGGCCAAGCUGAAAUCAACAUGUCUCAAGCCUGCUGUGACAGGAAAGCCAUAUAUGCUCUCCAUGCAGAUGGGCCGGAAUAUCAGUUGGGAAAACUUCGGAAAAGGCAUGACGCACGCCAUCGUACUUGAGUUUGCCAGCGUCGAGGACAAAGAUUUCUAUUUGCUGGAAGACCCAGUGCAUCGCGCUUUCAGCGUGAAUGCGGCGCCUUUGAUUGAGGAUUCUGUGGUUGUUGAUUUUGACGGAUCAUCACUUAGCCCUUCACCUCGGUCUGAGAGUGACCAAUACCAGUCAUAUCGAGGCUCGUGUCAUUGCGGCAUCGUCAGCUUCAACAUCAGGUCGCCCGUCGGAAAUCCGCCCACACAUGUGAUCUGCCAUUGCGACACCUGCAAAAAGAUCUCUGGAGCGCCCUACACAUGCAAUUACAUCACUUCAAUCGAAGACUUUGCGAUAUCCCAGGGAAGUGACCAUCUGAAAGUGUAUGAGUACCAAGGCGCGAGCGGCAAGAAUGUAUCGUGUUAUUAUUGCGAGAAAUGUACGAGCCAUAUCUAUCAUAUCCAGCAAAGAGAUCCGAGCAAAGCAAUCGUGAGAACACUGCUACUUGAUUGUGGUAACGUCAUGGGCGCUAGCGGGGAAAUCUUCCGGGAAGGGGCGUUGGGAUGGGUUGGAGAUUUGCGAAGUGCUCUACCGGCUUAG